AUGGUGCCUGUGGUUAUUGUCCAGCACAAAGAGUUUGUUCAGCACAAAGGAAAAAUGAAGCUGGUGAGGAACCCCAUACCGCCAGUUCUUCCAUACCCACAUGAAGUCAAUGGUACCCCCAUGUAUCUCUACGAGGUGGCCACCGAAUCUGUCUGUGAGUCAGCAGCCAGACUUCUGUUCAUGAGCAUCAAGUGGGCCAAGAGUGUCCCGGCCUUCUCCACCCUGUCCUUACAAGACCAGCUGAUGCUUUUGGAAGAUGCUUGGAGAGAACUGUUUGUUCUAGGAAUAGCACAAUGGGCCAUUCCAGUUGAUGCUAACACUCUACUGGCUGUAUCUGGCAUGAAUGGUGACAAUACAGAUUCUCAGAAGCUGAAUAAAAUUAUUUCAGAAAUACAGGCUUUACAGGAGGUUGUGGCUAGAUUUAGACAACUCCGUUUAGAUGCUACUGAAUUUGCCUGUCUCAAAUGCAUCGUCACUUUCAAAGCUGUGCCGACACACAGCGGGUCUGAGCUGAGGAGCUUCCGGAAUGCCGCUGCCAUCGCCGCCCUCCAGGACGAGGCCCAGCUCACCCUGAACAGCUACAUCCAUACCAGGUACCCUACACAACCCUGUCGUUUCGGAAAACUUUUAUUGCUUCUACCAGCUUUACGUUCUAUUAGUCCAUCUACAAUAGAAGAAGUGUUUUUCAAAAAGACCAUUGGGAAUGUACCAAUCACAAGACUGCUUUCAGAUAUGUACAAAUCCAGUGACAUAUAAAUUUCCUUAAAACAAACGAUCAGGACGGACAGUUUGAGAAGAACUUUUAUCUAUGGAGAAUAAGCCUCAACUAACAAAAUCUACAGGAAGCAUAAGCCUGGGAAUGUUUAGCCUUUAAACCCAUUGACAAAAAAAUACCCCAGUAGAUAUGAUUCUGCUGCUCUGAACAGAGCGAUUUAGAUCAUGGAGAGAAUGCUUUGUUCUACAGAAAAAGUGAAAGUGGUUGGAAUUUGGCUGCUUUUCCUGUUACUACAGGAUGGAGGCAAUUCAGAUGCCAGUCAUAGUUAACAAAGACUGUGCUAUUCUCUCAUUUAACUGGCAGAUCUGAGACGAAAUGUGAAAGAAGGUACUUUAGUUUUGUUCAGUAUUUGGAACUGGGUGACCAAACUUGGCUUCUGUUGUAACGCGAGAUGCGGUGGCCUUCAGAACUGUUCUAAAAGUAGCCUAUGUUGGUAAAAUGUUUUAAUACGAUAGGCAACAUUUAAGACCAGGUUACCAAAACAUUGCUUCUGCAGUAAUACAUCAUGAAGUGGCCUUCAGAACUGAUUAAAAAGUAGCUUAUGACAGCAGUUCCAUUCUUCCUGCAAAAUAAAACCGGUGAUCUGUGAUGCAGAUGUCACCAGAAUUAACAUCUCAUGACAGAAGAGCUUUAUACAACUCCCCAAUCCUUCUCUCCUUCUUACACACACGCACCCAUCCACACAGCCUCUGGCAAAGAGUACAAGUCAAGGAAGGAAGACAAAAACAGCAAAACCAAAUCCAAUGGAGAUGAUUGCUUCAGUGACCUGCUGGCUGUUCCGUUGGCACACUGCUGAAACCAAAGGCAACGGCAGCCAAACUCUUUGUCAGUGAGAUGCGCAGAGAAGUGAAAAUGACUGUAAAGACACCAACGGGAAUACUUUUAUUUCAAGGAAACAAAGUUGGUUGACUGAAACGAUGCUAACAACUUUUGAAAGUCUCCAAUGCCUUUUUAGAAAAUUCCAGGUUCUAAUUUUGAAGCCUUGUUCACCUACACCCUCUUACACACAAAAAUGUUAUAAGCUGCUUAUUUGAUGUAUGAAACACGUAGAAAAAAAUUAAAGAUAGCUGCUGUACUUUUCAAAAUUUGAUUUGUUAUUAGAAACUAGCACUGAGAAAAAUCAGCACUUGGACUAUCAUAGAAUGAGUAAAACUUUUCUGUACAAAGUGGAUUAACUGAUUUGUGAAGUUAAAAAGUUGUACUCAUUGUAUUUACAAAGAAUAAAAAUAUAUUGAAUUUACUUUUCACUGUCCUUUUAACACUUCUCCUCUUGUUUCUGGAGUAGCAUCUUCCACUGUACCCUACUUACCAGGGAACAGAAACAAUCUCUACUAAAGUGUAUUGCCUUAGGUAUUGUGGGGGGUCUCCAUCAUCAGAGGUUUUAAAGAACAGGCAAGACAAACAUUAAGGGAAUAACUCAGCUACAGGUGAUGCUACCUUCAUGCAAAGGGACUUCAAAGUCUUGCACAGAGCUGUUUUCUGUAGUCCAUAUAUAUAUAUAUAUACUUAUUGCAAGGUUUCUAACAUUUUCUUCUCAAGGAUCUGACAUACAGCUUUUUCUGGGACAUACUUCUAAACAGAUGAGAUGUCUAACUUGUGUAAGUUUUCCAUUUCAUGUUAUUUCAGUUUUCAGUAUUUGUGAGUUUGAUUGAUGAGUACAAAAACACUGCUUCAACUAAAAAGAUUCGGGAGUUUUAUUACGGUGUCCAAUUGUGUUAUCAAACCAAAGAAAAGGGUAAGAAACUUCAGUGCACAGGAUGAAACUGGCAAUAGAAGGAAAAUAAAACACACUGUUUGUAAGGCAGUGAGUAACCGAAGACUGCGCACAUUAAAACGGCAACUGGAAACAUAGUGUAUAUCGACAGCUCAUUCUUUGUUGGUGUCAAGAAACACAGACCAGGACUGAAAUCCCAACUCCAUGGGAUACAGAAGUCAAAGGUUUUCCACCCCAUCUCUGUUAAGUCUGAGAGGUCUCACAUUCCAUUCUUUCCAAGACAGCAGGACCAUUACAUGUACAAGACUAGUUUUCCAAUGAGUCAGGUAAGACAAACUAUGGACUACAGGACUUUGGAACACCCUCUGUAUGAACCAGCACGGAGCGUUUGAGAAUGCAUUUUUACCAUAGGAUGAGGUGAAUUUAUCUCUUUAAAAAAAAACACCCAGUGAACACUUAAGAGUUCUUUCUGCACUUACAACAGAUUUUACUAUUUCUUGCUCUACACUAAAAUAAACUGAAGAUUGCAGACAAUUAGUUAUUUCCCACCCUUGUGACAAUACAGUUUAUGAGUUGAAAAGGCUGAGGGCACUGCUGUUCAGAACCAGUGACAAAAUAUUCAUUUCAACAAGUCUCCUGCUGUGCAGCAAUAAACAUGAACUGCACCUAAGAUGUGAGGUAGCUGCACACUGCAGUAUGCUAUCCAGUCCCAGUCCCUAGAUGACUAAUCUCAGACAGUGUUUCUCCACAGAUUGCACAGCAGCAGAAUCACUUACGCUACACCAGAACUAGCUAGCUUCAAAGCACUGACACUCUGGAGAAAUCCUAGAAGCCAGUGCAGAUGCCCACUGUAUCCAAGAUCCUGUCAAUUUCAGAGGUUGUAACAACUCCAAAAUCCUUGCUACACUUCAGAAAUACAAGAAGAACCUACUGACAUCACGUAUGCAGCUCUUCCCUCUUCAGCUGUGAUUUUUUUUGCCUGCACCAGAUGAUAAAGAUCGUAACAUCGUCUUUUAGGGAUAUGACAGAUCUACUUCGAUUUCAGAAAAAAGCUUCUCACAGAAAAGAACGUUUGAGAACAGAAAAAGAACACCUGAUUAUGUAUCUAAAUAAUAAAACUUCAUAUACAUUUAAUCUUUCAUUCCCCAUUUUCAAGAGUAACUCAGCCUAAGUGUAAUUCAACAGCAGCAGGGAAUUUUAUAAUAGAUUGCUUUGCCUUAACUAGAACUAUUUGAAAAGCUAGACUAAAAAGUUUGACACUCAAAUAACUGAUUUUUGCCCCCUUCAUACAUACCAAAGACCAUGCUGAUUCUAUCCCACAGUCCUACCCAUGGAAUCAAGCAUCAAAACUUACACAACCCACUUGCAACCCAGAGCUGUACCACUAGCAACUAGUAUGUUUCCCUCCAUUCCAGAAUCCAAAAAGAAAGACUGCACUUGGUUGUAAGCAACCAGAUAAUUUUUGUUGAUAUAGUCAGAAAUGAAUUCUUGUUUUAUUGCAGCCACAAAAUAGAAUGCUUAAAGACAAGUGUUCACUGAUACUACACAUAACCCAGUCAGCCCACCGAUAUUUUGUCAGCUCAAGCUUUCACAUCCAGAAUUCAAUACAAAUGACAGAGUAGAAGUUUAAAAUGAGAUUAACAGUCUUAUUUAAAGAAAAUUAGUAACUUUGCAUGUUUGUAGCAUGUUCUCUACAUAGUGGCAGAACAGAGUAUAUUUUUAUAUAAGAAGGAAAAAGCAGCAAAACCAACUCUAAGCCAACAUGCACUCAAAUUGUUUAGAACAUGCACUGUUAAGAACACAAAACAUUGGAUCAGAUUUCUAGUGUUCUUGAACCGGUUUUCAAGAGCACCUGGAUAGGUAACUUCCACAUCACAUUUCAGAAUACUAAGAAGGCUUUUCUAGCCAUAAAAGCAUUUAGGGAGAAAGAUUAUUUCAGUGCUGUUACUUGCAAACUCAAGUUUAGGCAUUCAUAAUCUGCAUUUCACCGUUGGUCAUAAAAGCACAAUGUUACAGCCUUUCUUUCUCUUAACAUUCAGGGAAGUGAGCACACUGCACAGCAUGCUUACAUGACUCUGUAUCCCUCAUGGCAGUUGCAGAUCAGAACCACCUUAAUCUUCAGCUAUAAGACCUAAAAGCCCUAUGAUAGGUUAUGUCAACAUUGCUUUCUCUGCAGAAUGGUAUAAUUUUCAUGUAAUAGCUGAAUCUAGAUUGAGGCUUCUCAUACCAAAUGAAGAUGUAGCCUCCUUCAAAGUUUAAUGAAGCCACGUAUCUGUUGACUACCAUGAACAGGGCUGAACAAUGCUGGAACAACCUUUAAUACUUUCCACAUUUCAUAACGUGACAAAAAGGAAAACACCAUUCCCAUUUAUAAGAGAGGGAAGAUCUGGGGAACUACAGGCCAGUAAGCAUCACCUUUGUGCCUGGGAUGAUCAUGGAGCAGAUCCUCCUGGAAGACAUGCUAAGGCACACAUAGGAUAAACAGGUUAUCUAAGACAGCCAGCACAGCUUCAGCAAGGGAAGGUCAUUCCUGACUAACCUAGUAGCUUUCUAUAUGUGAUGGCAUCAGUGGACAAAGGGAAGGCAACUGAUGUCAUCUACCUGGACUUCAGCACAGCCUUUGACGUGGUUCCUCACUAACAUCCUCAUCUCUAAAAUUGAGAGAUACAGAUUUUAAGGGUGGACUAUUUGAUGGAUAAGGAAUUGGUUGGAAGUCAUAAACAGAAGAUUACGGUCAACUGCUCUAUGGCCAGGUGAAGGCUGGUGACAAGUGAUUUCCUCCAGUGGUCUUUCUUGGAACUGGUGCUCUUCAACACCUUUAUGAAUGACAGUUUUUCACUGCGAGGGUGGUGAGGUGCUGGAACAGGUUGCCCAGACAGGUUGUGGAUGCCCCAUCUCUGAUGACCCUCAAGGUCCCUUCCAACCCAAGCCAUUCUAUGAUAACGCUGGAUUGGUGAAUGCCCAUAUCCAAGGGCAUUACAGGGUUAGCUGUUAGGGGCAAAGCACUACCUUGCA